AUGUGUAUCUUAUUUUGGACUUUAAAUAAUCAUCCUAAAUAUAAAUUUAUAUUUGCUGCAAAUCGAGAUGAAUAUUUGAAUAGGCCAACAUUGUUGGCAUCAUGGUGGAAUCCAAAUAUUCUAAGCGGUUUAGACUUACAAAGAUCGGAUAAAGGAACAUGGUUGGGUAUAAGCCGUAAUGGAAGAUUUGCAGCCAUUACCAAUUAUCAAGAACGAUUACGUGAAAAAAUGCCUUUAUCACGUGGAUUGGUUGUAAAAAAAAUAUUAGAAUCAUCUGAUGAUAAUAGCAACAGUAAUGGUAAUAAUAAAUCAUUAGAACAAUGUAUGUCGGAAUUGAGUUUAGAAAUUGAUAAAUACGGUGGAUUAAAUUUGUUUACGGUAGAUUUAAAAGAUUCAAUAAAAGCUUUUUAUUUAAAUAAUCGAGAGAAUGUUGAAAUUAGACAAUUGGAGAAGGGAAUGGUUUAUGGUUUAAGUAAUACUAUUUUGGAGAAGCCUUGGCCUAAAGUUAAUUAUGGAAUCGAGAAAUUGAAAUUUAUUUUAAAAGAAGUUGAUGAACAAGAUGAAGAUGAAUUGGUUAAAAGAUUAUUUGAAUUAUUAAGCACUGUUACACCUUCUCAAGAACCAAUAGAUGAAAAUAUUAAAUAUCUUGCAGAUUUACUUCAUCUAAGGUAUACGAUCAGAGUACCUAAAUAUGAUGUAGAUGGACCAUAUGCUACCAGAACAAGUACAAUUAUAUUAGUAGAUUAUGAUAAUAAUGUAUUAUUUAUUGAAAAAAAUUUGUUUGAUGAGGAGGGAAAAGUUAUUGAAGAUGAAAAUAGUGGUACGAAAUAUAGAUUUAAAAUCGAUGGUGACGAUGACGAUGGAAGUAGUGUUAGUAAAGUAGUUAUAGGUGUAGGUGAUGAUGAUAAUUGCAAUAAAGAUAUAGAAAAUGACAUUAAAAUCGUUAAUAUUUUUAGUACUGAGGAUAAUAUUACUAAUGAUUUAUUGAUAGAUUGA